AUGCGCUUCUCUUCUGGCUCGACAUAUAUAUGUCCGACAUUACUCUCCCUCCUUUGCCUCACUUCUACCUCACUUGCCGCUGAUGCCGACAAGACGACAACUUCAACAGCGUGUACCGCGUCAUCAACAUCAGGCGCCUUCUUCGAUUUGCGGCCCGACAUAGCCCUUAAGAAGAAUUCCGACGGGUCUAAGCCCGCGCAUAGCAACGGAGCCCCGCUAGUGGACUACCAUGCUAAGGGCUAUGAUUACGGGUUCAACUUCACAUUGAACAUCUGCGCUGCCGUGGUAGAGCCUGUUGACGAAGUGAUCGGCGUGGAGCCGAGUCAGUGGAAGAAUGUCAGCGCGUAUUAUACCUCCAAGGGUGACAUAUAUAGUCUGGGUCUGCAGUCCGGCGCUCUAAUAUCGAGAGGCAAGGAGCUGGUUCUACAAUAUACGGGAGGAUCGCCAUGCGGAAAGAGCGUGAAGAGGGAUGCAGAUCUCGAAAGUAGGAGUUCUUCUGUCCACGAAGGCGCGGCCCAUAAGGGAUCCGAUUUCGAGCGCGAAGAAGAUACACCGGCGCCUACGAAAACGGCACUCGCGACUAGCACCCGGAAAUCCUCCAAAGAGACGGACGAACCGAAGCGAAGAAAGUCGACCACCAUAUUCUUCAGUUGUGACAGAGACGCUGGUGCUGGCGCAGCUCAAGUCUCCUUCAUCGCGACAGAUCCGGAAGAGUGUUCAUACGUAUUCAAGGUCAAGUCACAGCACGCAUGUGCAGGCGUAGAGCCGCACAAGCCGGGAAGCGUGGGGCCAGGUUCCGUGUUCCUAAUCAUCUUUGCCAUCGCCGUACUGGUAUACCUCCUCGGCGGUAUAUUUUACCAGCGCACAGUAGCCCACGCCCGGGGCUGGAAACAAUUGCCAAACUACUCACUAUGGGCCAGUGUUUGGAGUUUCAUCUGUGAUUUCUUCGUCAUGGCCACCUCCUCUUGCGCUCGGCUCCUCCCGAACCGGAGAGGAUAUCACUACGUAUCGGGAUCACCAUCCGGAAGGGGUCGAAGUAACCGUGAGGACGAAAACCGGUUGAUCGACCAAUACGAUGAGGAGUGGGAGGAUUGA